AUGCGCGCCGCCCUCUUCGUCUCACCUCUUUUCAUCCAACUCGGAAUGAGUCUGGGUCUUGAACGAGUCGUGCGCCGUGACACAGGCAACGGCGUCUUCAACCCUCCCAAGACGUCGUCAUUCCUGCAGCUGGAUCUUCGCGUGACACUCCCGGCAAAUGUUUCCACUCCUGAUGGCAUGACUGCCCUGGCUCCCAAUGUUGAGGGUGGCAAGGCCACUGGUGCCUUUGAGGCAGAUAUUCUGCCCGUUGGUGCUGCGUAUGAGCGAGUUACUCUCAACGAAGCUGGAGAGAACAGUUUCUACCAGAACCGGUACAUCUUCCAAACUGCCGACAACGAAACCCUGAGCCUCGAAGUCGACGCAUUCCUUCACUACGAGAACAACGCCCUGCAUGGAUUUGGCCUUGGCAGCAAAUUCGCAACGACCAUUCCCGAGCUUUUCCACAUCAACUACGCGGCAUACAUCGUCGAGGUCACGGGAGACUUCAACACUGGAAUUGCGGUUGGAGAGGUUUUCGAGCUUACGUCCUGUGGCCGACGUGAUGGUGAGCCUAUUAAGGGUCUGCUUCCCCCUGGAGGUGCAUAA